AUGCCCGUCUCUGCCUCUGCCCCCGCCGGCCGUCUCCCGCGUCUGCUCCCCGCCGAUGUCUCGCAUUAUACAGAACCUACCUUCAACCCAGAUAUAGUCUCCACCUCGUCCACCUCCCUCGCCGAGCUGGCCCACCUCAUCCGCCUGCAGAGCUACCAGGAACAACGCCGCUGCCAUGCCCGCGUGCGCCUACACCGCUCUCUGGUGGCCAACGCCCUCUCCGCACGGCUGGUUCAUUGCGGAGAGCUAGUACAUCGGACGCUGGUCGACCACUUCCGGUCCGACGACAAGAAGAGCUUUGCCCAGCUGUACAAUGCGCUCCACGACGUGCGCAAUUCGUGCGACGCCACUCGGCGCUAUGCACUGCUGGAACCCGACUUGGAGUUUGGGAAGACCAAAACCCUGAAAAAUGAGCGCGUUAAUUCAUUUUCUACUUUUAUGCAUGAGAUACCCACCAAAAUCCGGGAUGAUCUGUUGGAGUUUCUUUCGGAGUUGCGCACUAACCCAGACUUUCUUGCUACCCGUAUCACCAGUCUUUCGCAGCAGGAGCUGGCCUCGUUGACUACCUUCCGCCAGGCUCUGGACCCUAUAGAUUCUGUCAUGGCGCUGCAGGCCAGGGGCAAGCCCGUCCCUAGUGCCCAGAAAUCUCAGGUUUUGUCUGGCUCCUCAGCAGUAGAACGUCUACUGUCUUUUCAACGCCAUGAUCCCCUUUCCGCUCUCAUCUACACCAUCUUUGCCAACUCCUCUGGCCCGGACUCUACCGAGGAUCUCCGCCGGACGGAUAUCUGGUCCACCACUUGUGCCAGGCUCAUCACCGAAGGGAAGCCGGGCAGUGACAAGUUCAUCAAGAGCGUCUUGGAUGCCUGGGCCGGAAUGCGGGAGUGGCCUGGAAAGACCAACCUGGAGCUCUACCUCAUGGAGGUCCUUCAGGAUGGCCAGUUCCUGCUUGAGAAGACCGAGGACGUGCCUAGACAAAGAACCCAGCCAGAGGCCCGGAACACCAAGGAUACGAUUGCAGCGGACGAGUUCUACGACCGAUCUGUCCUGAGGCUGUUCGAGGUCAUCGACGAUGAACCAAGCGCUGGAGGCAUCCCUGAGGGCAUUCUAGAGAUAGGUACGGCCAUCCUGAAGAAACUUGAAGACUCACGGAAGCACCGCACCGCGGCACAAACCUUCAUCGUCUCAAGAUGGUUCUUUUCGACAUAUCUUCUCAACGCCAUUAUCCACCCAGAAAGUCAAGGCAUCAUGACAGGUCACCACAUCACGGAGCAUGCGCGGCAAAAGAUCCUAAAGGAAAUCGCUAUUCGGGCUCAGAAGCAGGUCCUGGACAUGACCUACAACUGGAAACAAGCCGUUCCGAUCCUACCAGAAAUCCGCCACCACAUCGACAAUAUCAUGAACAGGUUCAGAACACGUGGCCACCACAAGCCCGUUCUUCUGCCUGCCAAGGCCAUCACUUCUCCUCGUGAAACCGUCGAGGUUCAGCCCUUCGUUGUCAUGUGCCCCUCCGAUGUUGUCACUAUUGUCAACAGCCUAUACCCUGAAAGACGCCCGUCAUCCAGUCACACGGAAGACGGCCAACAUCGUGGGUUAGCGUCCGGUGCUUCCUCGAUCUCUGGUGUCUCGUUACCUUUCCGCAACCCAUCGCUUUCUGGAGACGCGAGCUCGAUUUUGAGCCAAAGUGCAGCAUCAUCCAUGACCAGCGAUACAACGUCAAGGGAGCCGCUCCUUGAGCCGCAUUGCGGACCCGUCGACAGCCAUCAUCCUCUCACCGCUGGUAAUGGUUACACGGAGCAUGAGAGCAAGGUGGAGCCUACUGAGGAGUACGGCCAAAGGAUCAGGAUUACAUGCUCGGAAAUGACCCGAAUCCUGAACGCCACCGGCUCUUGCCAUCCGUGUGCCGAGAAGUGGGCCGUCCUCUACGUUUCCUCUGAUGGAAAGGAGCUCAGGACUCGCAUGCGCAAGGACACUGAGACUGAAGAUGAGCCAGAUGAGGAUUCCACCGAGAGCGAGAGUGAGGACGAAGGCAAUGGUGACAGGAUGGAGCUGGAGAACGAUUACCAUUCGAUCAAGAUGGCUAUUGUCAAGCUGGUUGAGGAGUACGAAAUCCCGAAAGAGCUCGCCCCUGAGAGUGAAUCCAAAGGGUUCAGCAAUCGGGCAUCCGCCAUUCGUCGCGAGGCACGACCAUCUGCCCCCAACAGAGCAUCGUCAGCGCCACUGGGUGACAAGAACCCGUAUCACAGUGCCAGCCAUAGCCAGCUUUCGUCCAUGUUUGCCAACCAGAGAGGGACGCCUCCGUCAAGAAUGAAGCUGGCUCACGGUCGGAGCAACUCCAACGCGGACCUCAAGGAUCCCGCAACUGAGAAGCCCUCGGUCCUCAUCACCAUGCUCGAGGCUGCCAUGAAUCAAUGUCAAGCCCGUUCGGAUUUCGUCAACGCACACCUGUACUUCAAGACGCUUCAGCAGCUGAGAAAAAUCCAGUCUGCGUCGCUUACUCGCAACGGGUAUGCUGCGCUGCUGAACUAUUUCGGCCGCGGCCCACGGGAGUCGGUCGCCAAGUCAAGUAGCACCAUCGAGGAGUUCGAGGCUUGGUUUGUGUGGCUCAAGCAGUCCCAGGAAAGACAUGACAUGGCCAUCGAGGACAUGAUGACCGGCAUGAAGUCGUUGAGGGACAAGAUGUGGUACAUCACCGAUGUCCGCAACUCAGCUGGCUAUGAGGAAGCCAGAAAUGUUGCGUUGGCAUUGAAGAUCAUGGGCCAGCCCACCAAGACGCUGGAUGGCAAGCCGAUCCAAGCCCACCGACCGCGCACCGCGUCCAAGGUUGCCACCAACUUCCUACUGAAGACAGAAGCGCAAGUUCUCGACCUGAUGGCGGCCCCGUCUGACCACGGUGGCCCCAACAAGCUGGCAGACGAACAGUCAGACAUGACUCUUCGUUGGCUCAAGCAGUAUGCAAUUGAGAGUUCAUUCUGCAAAGGUGAGGAGCGGAUACAUCGCUUCUGUCUCGAGCUGGACAAGUGUGUCAACAAGCUCGUCGGUGAUGGUAUUCUUGACGGACCUGUCCUGUGGUCCAGCGAGCUGUACCGCCGAGACAAGGAGGUUCUAGACACAGGUCGCCAGAAGGGCGACCUGUACUUGACUGGCGUCGGCACUCUCAGCAUUGCCGGCGAUGAGGAGUACGAGUCUCAUCUAGGAAAAUCGAGCCUGCGCAGUCUCGACUUCGCGCAACGUGCAAGUAACAGCAGCUUGCGCUCCGUGCAUCGCAACGGCUCUCAACAGAGCUUUGAUUCUGGUAAGUGGAGCGGGUCGAGACCUCUCGAUCUCAUGGACUCCCAGGAUUACUUUGGCGGCUCUAGCCCGGUCCUGUCGAUUGAUUCCUCCAAUACGUUCUGGUCGCCUUUCCAAACUCAAGCUGCUACUUCGCCCACGAGCGCGACAAGCAUUCGUCCAGGUUCGUCCCGCGGUACGGUGAUGCUGAAGCAAUCGGCGACUGUGAACGAAGACAAGCGUCGGUUCCUGCUUGACCUGAAGCAGACGUUGACAGGCUUGCUCCUCAGUGAUCUGGGGACCAUUGUUUUCAGCAAUGGCAGUGAGACGGAUGCGUGGUUCUCUGGUGAUCUCGGCGAAGAGUGCCUCGUCCGCAAGGAGGAGGAAGAGAAGCGCCGCAAGCGCGCCGCCCGCAAGAAGAGCAUGAGGAACCUCCGCAGCGCAGCAAAGGAACAGCGUCCCGGUUCGGAAAACCAAUCGUCUACCGAGCACUCCAGCUCAGGCACCGAUGCCACUGCCCGUUCUUCGGGCAUCUCCGCCAAGAAGGCCGGCCUUCUCGAGUUUCCCUUCAACUCUGCUUUCCGUCGCCUUUUGCACAAGUUCGCCACUCACCCUAACCCUUUCUCGAAGCUUCAUGCGCUGUACGAGCUUGAGUUGUUGAUCAUCGCCUCGCUUAGCAGCCGCACCGGUCGGCACUACAGUCGCAGGGAGACGCUGCCAACCGUGCCUCAGUCUCCGACGCUGGGAUCUGUGCCUGAGUUCAGCUCCCGCGAGGCCACGGCUAAUCACACCCAGGCCCAGAACUUGGAAGAAGCCAUUGCCAACUGCGAAGGCAGACGCUCGCACUCGAUGAUGAACGGCCAAGAGACGGCCUCGCCUUCUUUCCGCAACGGUGCUCGCUCACCAACCGGGCCGCCCAGCACCGACAUGAUUGUCGAUGUGCUCACCGGGCUGUUCCGUGACGCUGAGAUCCGGCCCAAGACGCUCUUCCGCGACCUGCAGUACAUCGCAUCCUUUGUGCCUGCACAGAUGCUCGACAAGACUGCACGUGGCAAGGCGUUCUGGGAUGCCGGACUCGCCGCGCUUGGUCUCAAGCAGGAUAUCUGCCGUAUCAUGGUUGAGAUCGCGGACGACAUUGUCGCGCUGAACACGCAGAAUCGCUCUGCGGCCCUGCAGCACGCUGCCAACGGCAGCAGCGGCGCAUCAGAGAAGGCUGGCAUUACCAACGCCACGGUCGCUCCGGCUCCGGACGACCCACUGAACAAGUUCACCAUGGAGGAUGCAGCGCACAUGCUCAUCAUCACUGCCAAAGAGGGCGAUGCGGUGGCCGAGCGUGAGCUUGCCAUCUUCUACCUGACGCAUCCCGAUCUCCUGCCGCGCACGACGCUGCCUUUGACCAAGCCCACCGAGGUGUUCAAGGCGGAGCUGCUUCAGCGCGAUCGCAAACGGGAAGACCCGGCACGCAGCGACCCCAUCACCAUGUGCGUUGCGCAGCACUGGAUGGAGAUGUCGAAGCGUGGCGGCGACCAGCUGGCGACCAAGUACCUCCGAGCUCGUGACGAGAUGGAGAGGAUCCCAUAG